GCCUUCUGAUGGCACUCCCGGCUUGCUAUUCGCAGGUCGAGUCUUGCUGCGCGAAGGGUAUGUGUUUCAGGUUGUCCUUCCUUUUGCCAGCCCGUCUUGCUGUCUUGCUGUCUUGCUUUCCCCUGAAAGAGGCACUCUGAGUACUCACACGCAUUCAAAUCAAUACUGUAUGAAUACAACACCCAGCCAAGCAUCUUCUUCACUCUUGCCACAUACAUACGCUCUUUGGACGACGACCUGCAGCAGCUUUUCUCUUUCUCGGCGUUCUUGUUUUUAUUAUCUGCGGCUGUCCAUCCUAGGCGCAAUUGCAUCCAUCGAGCCAUCGUACGCUCUCGUAUCCGUGUCCCUCUCCUCUCCUCUCCUCUCUCCCACGCGCAAGAUUCCCUUUUUGCCACAAUCCCCUUCUUCCCAACCAAAUUCAAUCCCAGCGAAGCUUGAUCUCCUCAUCCAACCUAUCACGGCCCAUUGUUAUUGUGCCCCUCACUCAAGCAAUCCAUCACCGUCGCAUCCUGGCGCAACAUCCUGGCCCGCGUUCUCCACACACGGUGCACAUGGAGGCAAAAAUCCGAAUGCGCAAUCCGAUCGGGGCACAACACCAACACACCACCACCAACCCCAAUGCCGUACUUUAAACUCUGUCACCCCACCAUCCCGGAUCUUGGUUGCUGGCAUCACAUCAGCAUCAGCAUCAGCAUCAGCAUCCGCACGAGACCCCCGAUGCUGAGGAAAGGGUACAGUAACACCUGCCUAGGUACCAGCCCACGCAGUCAUGCUUCGAUCGCAUCAAACAAACAUUCCUUUUGACGGGAACCUGCGUGGAAGCUUCUA